AUGCUUCUCCAACAGAACUUCGCCACCCGCACCCAACUCUCCAAGUAUUGGCUUUGGAGAGCAAAGAUGCCUCAGACGCUCAAACUGGCCGGCAGAGCAUCCUUGCUCGCGAGAUGCUUUCCUGAGAUUUGGGCUGAUCCUGUCCUCAAAGCUCCGGUCAGGGUGAUCAAAAGCCACAAGACCCUGGACGAGAUGCCAGGACCCAGCGCUCUGAGUUUCUUCAGCGACCUCUUCUGCAAAAAGGGGCUGUCGCGGCUGCACGAACUCCAGAUUGAAGGCAAAGCCAAGUACGGCCCAAUGUGGAAGGCCAGCUUUGGACCCAUCCUGACGGUCCACGUUGCAGAUCCCAGCCUGAUUGAGCAGGUGUUACGGCAAGAGGGCAAACACCCCAUUCGCUCCGCCAUCUCCUCCUGGAAAGAUUAUCGGGAGUGUCGAGGCCAUGCCUAUGGGCUCCUUACUGCGGAAGGCGAGGAGUGGCAGAGAACCCGCAGCCUCCUUGGAAAGCAUAUGCUGAAGCCCAAAGAAGUGGAGUCCUACACUGGCACUCUGAACGAUGUGGUCAGCGAUCUGAUCCGACGGCUGGAGCACCAGCGCAGUUUCCACGAUCAGCAUGUGGUCAAGAAUGUGGCUGACGAAUUUUACAAGUUUGGAUUGGAAGGCAUCUCUUCCGUCCUCUUUGAGUCCCGCAUUGGCUGCCUGGAGCCCAAAGUCCCCCAAGAAACGGAGAACUUCAUUAGCUCCAUCAACACCAUGUUCAUCAUGACUCUGCUCACGAUGGCAAUGCCCAAAGUCUUACAUCGCGUCUUUCCAAAGCCAUGGCAGAAGUUCUGUGAAUCCUGGGACUAUAUGUUCGAAUUUGCCAAAGGACACAUUGACAAGCGGAUGGCUGAAGUUUCAGAGAAAAUCUCACGGGGGGAGAAGGUGGAAGGAAAAUACCUGACUUACUACCUGGCACAGGAGAAGCUGUCCAUGAAAUCCAUCUAUGGAAACGUGACUGAGCUUCUGCUAGCUGGCGUGGACACGAUCUCGAGCACUUUGUCCUGGAGCCUAUAUGAGUUGUCCCGUCACCCGGAGGUGCAAACAGCCCUCCACAAAGAAAUUGCAGCAGUGAUGAAGGGCAACGCCAUCCCAAUGGCAGCUGAUGUAGCCCAGAUGCCCUUGCUGAAGGCGGUGGUGAAGGAGGCGCUGAGGUUGUACCCUGUGAUUCCUGGCAAUGCACGAGUCAUCUCAGACAGGGACAUCCAAGUGGGAGAUUAUCUGAUCCCCAAAAAGACCUUGAUCACCCUCUGCCAUUAUGCCACAUCACGUGACGGGAAGUACUUCUCCAAUCCCAACUCAUUCCAGCCAGAGCGAUGGCUGCGGAAGGACGAUGCUCAUCACCCGUAUGCUUCUAUCCCCUUCGGCUUCGGCAAGCGCAGUUGCAUUGGACGACGCAUUGCAGAGCUGGAAGUGUAUCUCGCCCUGUCUAGGAUCCUGAUGCAUUUUGAAGUGAAGCCAGAACAAGAAGGCCACAUCGUGAGACCCAUGACACGCACUCUGCUGGUACCAGAGAAGGAAAUCAAUCUGCAGUUUCUGAGCCGCUAAUCGGGACGAAGCGGAACUGUUGAUGCUUCCCAUCAAAGCACACUAGACCUUGAGGCUGGGUGCGACAAAGCUAAUCUUUUGGAUUCUUUGGAGUCCGCUUGAAAAAAGGGCUGUAGAGCAAAUGACAUUGACUGAGGUCAGCCACUGGUGCUUCCUCUCUUAAGUGGCACCCUCUGCUGUGUCUUGGAGGUCUAGUUCUAGGACUUGCUCAAGAUGAUUUCUCCCGAGUUUCCCAGCACAUUAUAUAGAGUAUCAAUGUGCACUUAAAAUAAACAGAGGGGAACUGUGGGAAGAGCAGUGAUUGCUCUGAAACGCACCUGCUUUUCUCACUCAGUUUGAUAGUUCCCAGAACUUUCUGAAAAUCGGAUGGAGAGCAAGGAGCCCAGUAACCCUGUGGCCGGUGUGACUGUUCUGUAUACCAAACUGUCAUUGUGAUAUCUGCACAACUGUGAGUUCAUGUACGCGUGCCCAGUGCUCUGUGGCAGCAACAUCAAGGAAGGCCAUACGAAAAAAGAAGUAAUACGGGUGGAGUUUUUGCAUCUUCUCCAGCCACAAUGUCGUCCAUUCAGUGCCAUUGGCAUAUAAAUCGUCCAUAUCUUGUAUCUUGAAAGUGAUACUUAAGUUUCCUUCUCAGGGUGGAAGAGCUGGUUUCUAGAUGCAGGGACAGUAUUUAUAUCCCCACCCAGGUGUGUGAAAAGACCCCCAAAGCAAGCCAAACUUCAUUUCAAAUUAUAUGUGUGUUUUUUUAAUCACUGAAGUUGAGGCAGUUAUAUAGAUGUUCCCUGUUUGGAGCUGUGGGAAUGGAGAACAGGAAUGUAUUUAAGUGCCUUAUUUAUUAUUAUUAUUAUUAUUUUAUUUUUAUUAUUGUU